AUUGAUUUGCAUUAAAAGUCAUUUAUUGCUGUCACUUUGUUUUAUGCUUCGGUUUUUUUAUUGAUCAAGUAAUUUUAUGUUUGCGUGUCUGAUCAUGUUUGAUAGAUAAGGUGGGUAAUGAUUGCUUGUGUCGCAAAAACAAAAACAAGCUGUCAUUUUCAACUUACAAAUUUUGGUUGUUGUUGUUUUUAACGUAAAAACAUAUCAAUUUCUUCUUACAUUUUUAUAGAAACAAUGUUGUUUGUUUAGGGAAAAUAUGUGAGAUUCAGCAGCGUUUUAUUUUAAAUAAGCACCAUUUUAAAGAAGUUUUCAUGAUAUGUUAAGAGCGAGGAACAUUUAGCUCUCAUAUAUCGGAAAACAAAUCUGAAAUAAAGGUUUUGGAGGAUUUGUUUAUUUUUGGUUAUUUGACGAAAUAAAAUGAAUUGUAGUACGAGCUUUCGAAUUUUAUUUUCCCUACUGGUGGUUAUGGUAUGCUGUUUUUACACAUCACAGGCUCAAGGAUCAAGGAACAAGAGAUCUAUUGUGGAGGUUGAUAAUCCUAGAGAAACUUUACAAGUUCUUGGAAAUCUAGCUCAGCGAAUAAUAGAAGCUGAAGGAAUUACAAAUGAGAAAAGAGGACUGGACUUGGGACUUUCAAGAGGAUUUUCUGGAAGCCAGGCUGCUAAGCACUUGAUGGGCUUAUCAGCAGCCAGUUUUGCUAAUGGACCCGGACGAAAGCGUCGAUUCGUCGACGAAAAUCAAUGAACAUAAUUCGCUUUUCCUUCAUUCCAUCUAUUUUUAUGAAUAAGAAAUCAGCUUAUUAUAUUUUGUUUAGUUGCACUAUUUUAUUACGCUGGUCUGUUUUAGUCAUUCAUUUAAGUAGCGUCAUGUGCAUCAAUGUAAUAUAAAUAUGUAGAAAUACAUCAAGUGAAAAAGAAAUUCUAUUUAUAAAUGUGGAAACUCUGUAUUGUAGUAUAAGAGAAAUGUUUUACAAAUUUGUAGAUUAGAGUUACAAUAAAUAUUCUGCCUGGGUGGA